AUGGCCCUGUCCAGGAUGAGAGCCGUGGACUUGCAGAUGCUGUCCCUUGGAAUCGAGAUUCCUCCAACGGAAGCUAGUUGGGUGACCUUGUUUCUUUACACCCUGAUGACUAUUGCAUUUUUCAUCAAAGAUAUACUCGUGCCUUCCUUCUUCAGCCGUAUUCUACACCUUUUAUUCUAUUCACCGUAUGUUCUUAUAGUAUCGAUUGAGGACUGUAUUGACAGGAUCAAUUCCUUACUUCGACUUCGUUUCGAUGCUAUCGAACAACGUCUAUUACAGUGUUUCAAAAUGGAUGGGAAGAACACUGUUAAAGUUUUGGAAACAUUGAUCCUCUGCCACGAUCAGCUCUGUAAUGCCUCAGAGGAUAUUGACGAAUACCUUUGGGUCCAAGCAACUUCGGUAUUGGCUGUUUUUUUCCUUGCAUCAUUUUGUGAUGCUUACGCUAUUUCAAUUUUAUACAAUGAUGAAGCUUUUCCACAUAAGGGAUAUGAACUGACAGAAAAAGCUUUAUGGAUGAUAGUUAUCAUUACUGUCUCUUGGCGGGUUUGUCACCACCUCAGUGUUAGUUUAGUUAUCUCCAUAUACACGCUUCGCUUGGUCCGUUCUAAACUCGAUUACAACAGCUGGUACUGCUAUCUGACAAUCCUUUACCAUACUGUUGCGAUAUUUUGCAUUGUGGCCUCCUGGAUUCGAAGUAACAUAAACGUGGACUGCUUGAACAUCUCUCUGUCCAGGAUGAGAGCCGUAGACUUGCAGAUGCUCUCCCUUGGAGUUGAGAUGCCUCCUACCAAACCUAGUUGGGUGACCAUCUUUCUUUACAUCCUGAUGAUUAUUGGAUUCUUUAUCAAAGCUCCGAUAAUGCCUCCAUAUAUGAAUCCUAUCCAACUUCUCAUAUUCUACGCGCCAUACGUUCUCAUCGUUUCAAUUGAGGACAAUGUAGACAGGAUCGAUUCCUUACUUCGGCUGCGUUUCGAUGUCAUCAAGAAGCAUCUACUAGAGUGCUUUGAAAUGGACAGCAAAAACGCUGUUAACGUUUUGGAAACACUGGUCCUCUGCCACGAUCAUCUUAGCAAUGCCUCAGAGGACGUUGACGAAUAUCUUUGGGUCCAAGUAACUUCGGUAUUGGCUGUGGCUUUCCUUGCAUCGUUUUGUGAUGCUUAUUCUGCUUUACUUUUAUACUUAAAUGAAAGUUUGUCGUAUAAGGGAUUGCUCCUGACAGAAAAAGUUAUGUGGAUAGUGGUUAUCAUCGCUAUCAUUUGGCGAGUGUGUCAUCAGUUUGCUUCCAUCAGUACUGAGGUAAAUUUUUCACUAAGUAUGUCUCAUGAUUACAACUUUUGA